UACAUCCCCGCCCCGCUGUGGCUUUUUUUUUUAAAUUGUUGCCACAAUCUGGAUAGUUUAUUAGUUUAUAUAUUUCUCCUAAUUACCCAUUUAACACUAAACACAAACUGACGUUUCUGGCGGACAACAACGCUCCACUAUGCCAAGUGAAAUAAUUACCCUGCAGCUGGGACAAUGCGGAAAUCAAAUUGGAUUUGAGUUCUGGAAGAGAUUGUGUCUGGAGCAUGGCAUCUCCCCCAACGGCGUGCUGGAGGACUUUGCCCACGAUGGUAUGGACCGCAAGGAUGUGUUCUUUUACCAGGCGGAUGAUGACCAUUAUAUACCUCGCGCUGUUCUUUUGGACUUAGAGCCAAGGGUGAUUAAUACCAUAAUGGGCUCCGCUUAUUCUAAGCUUUACAAUCCGGAGAAUGUAUAUCUAUCAAAGCAUGGAGGUGGCGCUGGCAACAACUGGGCCUCCGGCUAUAGUCAGGGCGACAAACUGCAGGAGGAGGUAUUCGAUAUCAUCGAUCGCGAAGCGGAUGGAAGCGAUUCCAUGGAAGGAUUUAUACUCUGCCACUCCAUUGCUGGAGGAACGGGAUCGGGAAUGGGCUCAUUCAUAAUGGAGCGCCUGGCGGACCGCUAUCCGAAAAAACUUAUCCAAACAUUCAGUGUGUUUCCAAACCAGGACGAAAUCAGCGACGUUGUGGUGCAGCCCUACAACUCUAUGCUCACUCUCAAACGUCUGACCACAGCUGCGGAUAGUGUGGUUGUCCUAGACAACACGGCUCUCAACCGUAUUGCCUGUGAUCGCUUACAUAUCCAGAACCCGAGUUUUUCUCAGAUUAACAACUUGGUCUCCACCAUAAUGAGCGUGAGCACCACCACUCUGAGGUAUCCCUCUUACAUGAACAAUAAUCUCAUCGGGCUAAUGGCUCCUCUAAUACCGACGCCUCAACUGCAUUUUCUCAUGACCGGCUACACUCCGCUAACCAGCGAAUCGGAUAUCAAUUGCCAGCAAACGGUUAAUGUGCGUAAAACUACCGUCUUGGAUGUAAUGCGUCGUCUCUUGCAGCCCAAAAAUAUGAUGGUCUCCACAGGACCCGAUAAAUCCAACCACCACUGCUAUAUAUCCAUAUUGAACAUCAUACAGGGCGAGGUUGAUCCCACACAGGUGCACAAGUCGCUACAACGUAUCCGUGAUCGCAAGAUGGCCCAGUUCAUUCCGUGGGGCCCAACCUCCAUUCAGGUAGCGCUCUCCCGAUCUUCGCCCUACGUACAGAGCAACCAUCGAGUGACCGGCCUAAUGCUGGCUAACCACACCAGCAUCUGCUCGCUUUUCGAACGAUCCCUCAACCAAUACGACAAGCUCCGCAAGCGCGGCGCCUUUCUUGAUCAGUUCCGACGCGAAGACAUUUUUAAGGACGACCUCUCAGAACUGGACGAAUCGCGUGAAACGGUGGACUGCCUAGUGCAAGAGUAUGCAGCAGCCACACGUGAGGAUUACAUGCAAUUUUCAGUAAAACGAGGAGCAGCUGACUCCAAAUCGGAGGAUGGAAGAACUGCGACCAACGCUGGAAUGUAGCUCGCUAUUGCCAGAUGUUUCGCGUGCCAUGCAUUUUUUCGAAUGUAUUGUCAAAAAUUUUUCUCUGAAGACGUGGGGAUUCGAAAUCCUCAAGUAUUAAUAAGCAUAUUGUAAAAGUCACAUAUAUGUAAAUCCUGUUGCGUAUUUAUCGUGAUUUAACGUUUUUAUGUUGAUUGUUGCUAAUAAACAAUGCAGAAUUUCUAA